ACCAUGUACAGAUUCAUAGUACAGGAUAUAACUUCCUAUCAUGGCGGUAAACUCGGUCAGAGCCCUCCUCGCCUUCUUUGUUCUGAGCUCCUUGCUGUGCGAAGCAUCAGCAGCAACAUGCAGCAACAAACGUACCUGCACGGAGAGACUCUCGCGUUCAAAGAGGGAACAAUACUCUUGCGGUUGGUGGGGUUUGGGCAAGUGUUACCGUUAUGUACCCGAAUAUUACAACGUACAAAAGACCUGUUACAUGGACGAGUAUUGUACUCACUGUCAGUGGUCCGAUUGGAGUGCUCCUGUCUACAAGCCAUGCCCCGUCAAGUGUGGUGGGGGCAUUCAGAAUGGAAUCAAAACGAGGAGUGUGAAAGUCCCUGCUUUUAACGGCGGUAAUUCUUGUACCGAAUCUGACUACCGCCAGUCCGUUAGCCGCAAUUGCAACACCCAUCCAUGUCCAAUUCAUGGUAAAUGGAGUCAAUGGUCAGAUUACAAGGACAUCUCUUCGUGCUCCGUCACCUGUGACAAAGGCAUCAAAUCUAUGGAGCGUAACAGGGAAUGCAACAAUCCUUCACCGCAAUACGGAGGGGAUGAUUGCAAGGAAUCAGCAUCGGAAACCAAAACAGCAUCUUGUUUUGAAAAGCACUGCCCAAUUGAUGGCGGCUGGACUGAUUACUCGGCUUUCACACCUUGGAGCAUUUGUUCCGGAGAGUGUGACCAGUCCAGGAACAGGAACAGAACUUGCACUAACCCAAAACCCCAGUACGGCGGGCGAGACUGUGACGGGGAAUCAAUGGAUUUAGAAAUCAGAGACUGCUUUGAGGGAGAGUGUCUAGUUGAAUCCUGCAAGAGCCGGAGAAUGGAAAAGGACCCAAAUGCCGCGUUGCCACGCAACUGCAAGCAAUAUGUGUCCUGUAGCCAUACCAACACUGUGAUGAACUGCAGCAUCGGUACCUAUUGGGACCAAGAGAAGGUCACGUGCAACCACAAGCAAAGGGUGGGCUGCGAUAGUGAUAAAGAUUCUGAAGACGAACCUGAAACAUGCCAACCCGGUGAGCUUAACGUUGAUGAAAAUGACCCCAAUAUCUUCUACAUGUGUACACCAGACGGUCUAUUGACAGCGAUGAAUUGCCCCACGGGACUCGUCUUCAAAACAUCGAGCAAAACCUGUGAUUGGCCGGUCUCGUCGUAAGACCCAAUUAAUCGACAUCAUGGAACAAACUGAAUCAAACGCAUGUCCCUUUUGUCUUUGAACUAUGUUAUCAUUCUAUUUCUGUGUGCUUUCUUAAGGCGCGUGAGUGCCAGAAAUCGCUAACUUUGGUCCUUUACAACAGCUGGUUCGUGUGAUUGCUAGAAAGUAUACAUCGCGAAGGAGAUUAUUGUUUGUUUAAUUCCUGACGAUUUUUAUCAAAAUAUAAAUAUUUGAGAAAAUGAUUAUUGUUUUAAUCAGAAACAUUUUAAAUUAAAAUUGACAUUGUUUAUUAUAUCGGUAGCUGUAUUUGAAGGAAUGAGAUUUCGAAGGAUUCACAAGGACUAAAAUGAUAUUGCAUUUGUUAAAUUAUAUGCUCUAUCAAACCGAGACUAGUUAGCUUGUUUUCUUUAAUUUAUCCUAAUGUUUUAUAUGUUCUAUAGCUUUAUGCUUUUUUUUCAAUAAAUUUCU